AUGGCCAGUGCCGACCCUGGCUUCUACGACGAAAUCUGGGACACAAGACAGGAAGAAGCGAACGAAGUCGUCGAAGGCAUUUACUUGGGCUCGGUGCUCGCAUCGAAAGAUGCGAAGGCUCUCGAGAGAUGGAGCAUCACGCAUAUCCUCGUCGUGCACCCUGCCCUGCCAACACUCUGGCCGGAAAGGUACAAAUACCAGCGGACGAGUCUCGAGGAUGCGCCGAGCUCCAACCUCUUGGAGUUGCUGCCCAACUCUCUCCGCUUCGUGGAGCGAUGCAUGAAGCAGAAAGGCCGACUUCUGGUUCACUGCACGAGAGGAAUCUCUCGAAGCUCCAGCAUAGUCAUUGCUUACUUGAUGCUAGCCAAGAGCAAGAGUUACGACGAGGCCAAAAAGCAAGUGCAGCUGAAGCGCAGCGUGGCCCAUCCUAAUCUGGGAUUCCAAGUCCAGCUGCAGCACCUCGAGUCGCUGCUGGGCACCCGGUCGCCACCUCGAAACUUCGAGGAGCGGCUGCGCUGGCUCGGGACCACCGUUCCCACAGGGGACCUGACAUCCUCAACUUCGCCGUUUAAGCUGCUCCAGGCGUUGGAUGCGCCGAUUCGUUGCUGGCUGGAAGAGGUAUCGGUGCUUUGCGAGAAGCUUCUGACCGAGCCUCAAAUGGCUCGCGAGAGGGCUCCGUGGAAGCCUUGUGGGCUUUUCUUCGAGGUGCUGCAGAAGUAUCGGACCGUUCCCGAGGACGAAUCCCUGGCAGACUUGGCAGCAUCCGCUGCAAGGAAUCUCGAGGAGUCUGUGAAGCAGUUCCACGACUCCUCCAACUCUCUGAUCGGCUUGAAAACGGCCAUGGCAGUGGCACGGGAGGUGCACACCUGGCACCGCAUCGCUCGGGCAGAGUUUGCUCAGCGUCGAGCAUCCGGGCAUGCCACCCACACCGCCUGGCCCGAGGCUGCGCCGGCCGAGGGCCUGGUCGCUUAUGCGUCGGACUCCUCCAGCGACGCGGCCAGAAAGGGCUGA